UUUCAUUUAGUAGGCUGCACUUGGAACUUUGGAAGGAGUGCAAAUGCUCAACCGUUGUAAAUUUGCGAUUCGGUUCAUGUUUGUAAUUGAAAAGAGAUAGAAAAAUGCAUCACUUUUUGAUGCAAAAAUGUAUGUGCCAUGAUUUGCAUCGAAAAUAAGAGCAAAUUUUGCUCUCAACAAAAAUGAAAGGAAUCUUCGCUUUCAUUCUCAGUCGAGGGCGUCUAGUUGGAAGAGAGAUCCGUCUUCGUCUUCAGGCAAAUCUGCUUUCGUUUACAGAGAGACAACUCUGAUCUGCCUUCGUUUUCAGGUCGCCUUCUUCAGUCCUAUUGAUCUUCAUUUCUGAGCGUGAUAAUUUGCAAGGAAAGCAAAGGUUCUACUUAUUUAGCUCUCAUUGCUAUGGAACCUGAGAAAGUUUCCUCUUCAAAGGAAAAUCCGAAAGAAGCUGCAAAUUUGAAGAUCAUUCAAUGGGAAGAUUUUGAGCAGGAACUUGCUCGAUUAUGGAGUUUAUCAUCUGCACUCAUCAAAGCUAAGGAGAAUAAGAAUUCUCUUCAACAGAAGCUCGAGUCACUUAUCCAGGUAAGAUCAGAAUCUCUAAGUAGGUCAAAUGAGCUUGAGGAAAUGCGCCAAAAACUAGAGGCUCAGAAGUUGGUGAUAGGAAAUAUGUUGAUGCACUCAAAGGUUGUUGCAGAGGGUUUAAGGAACCAAGAAGAGGAGCUUACUAUUGAAAUUAGAUCACUUCUGGUUGCUGCAAAAGUUCUUUCUAUGGCUAGUAAGCAAGUGCAGGAGGCAAAUAGAUUAUUAGCUGGAGAAAGAGGUUAUAUUCAUCUAGAAAAUUUGCUGAUGAUGCUAAAGAAAAGGAGACAAUAUAUGAUAGCCCAAGUUUCAACUCUUUACCCUGUAAAGCCCUUAACUGAAUCAACAUAUGUGGAAAAGCCUAAUUCAUCUUCUAACAACAGUAAAUCAGGGAAAUCUGCAACACCUCAUAAUCCAGGACCCUUGACCAUUUCAGGUCUGCAAUUGACUUCACUCCCUUUAAAGAAGAUGAGUCUUUUCAAUGAUAAGAAGGAACUUCUGAAAUCUGCUGGUGCUCUGGGACAUGUUGCACAUGCAGUUUCACUUAUUGCCUCUUAUUUAGAUGUUCCUUUGAGGUACUCUCUCCGCUUGGGAGGUUCACGUUCAUAUAUCAUUGAUCAUGCACCUUCAGUUGAACCAAUGCCAUCCGAUUCAACAUCAAGUUUACUACCUUCAACAAAUCCUAAGCCAACAGAAUUUCCUCUCUUUCUAGAAGGCCAAGAUACAACGAGAGCAACUUAUGCUAUAUUCUUGUUGAACAAGGAUUUAGAGCAACUCUUGAAUUCUAUUGGGCUUAUGAGUUUGGGGCCACGCCAAGUACUGGCAAAUUUAAAUGAGCUGUUAAGGACUAUACAAUCUCAGGAAAUAUAAAGUGACAUGACAUUCGAAGUAUUCACUCUGACUGCUAAUGCUGCUGACAACUUUGUCGAUAACUGAGCUGAUUUUUUUUCUCUGCCGACCCCAAAUAGUUGGGAUAAGCCUUCGAUGAUGAUGAUGAUAACACCUUGGUUAUAGAGCUCUGCGAGAAUUGAGAUGCCUCAUAUGUAUAAAUGUGAUGAUAUGUUUCCUAAUAACCUUUUUUGUGUAAAAUACUAUUUGGUUUUACUUUUACGUCUGUAAAUGGGGUACAUUAAACAUUUUUAAUCUUGAAACGAGUAUAUUGUUUGAACGUGUA